CACAGUGAAUUACGCUCGCGAUCUUAAAGGCCUCAACUUUCUCUGUACCUUCCACCUCAACUUUUGUUUUCCACAAUGCUUCCACGCCUGAUAUCCCAAUGAAGGAGCAGAUCGAAAAUACGAAAGGCGUCCUCCAGGACCUUGUCGUGGUUGUGUCGCUGGUGCGCACGUUGACAGACUCGUUUGGAUCCGCCAGCGACCUGUACCGCAAGCUCAAGAAGAAGUCCAAGGCCAUCAAGAAAGACAUCAAAGAGGACAUCAAAGAGCAUAUCCGGGAAGAUAUCCAGGAGGAAAUCGACCAGCACCAUCGAGAACACCCGCACCACGGUAGAAGGAGUCCUGAUUCCGACCAUGAGCGAGGCCGCCAUCGACCCGUGCGUUGGAGAAGCAGGAGCCGCAGCAGACUGAGAGGGGACUCAUCUAGCGACAGCGACGAGGAAUCAAUAGCUACAGCUCCGACGCUAGUGCGAGCCGAAUUCGACCGAGGAUAUCACUACCUGGGAGAGCAAUAUGCAAUGGGAGACCUAAUAACCCGCAAUCAACUCCAAGCUCAAAUCAUAGCCCUACAACAGACCCUCCUGUACAUCUAUGAAGAUAUCAUGCUCAACGUCGACUUUCCCCGCCAUUCGCCGUCUUAUCAUCUCACCCAGCUCAUUCAAACGACGCGAGCGACACGCACAGCAUCUAUCGAAGCUCUUAAGGUGCAGUACCAGCGCAUGCUUGGGGCCCCAGAUAGUCGUGAGCUUCUUCCACUCCCAGGAGCCUUCCCUGCCUCGCCCACCACCGGAAACGGAUCGCACGAAGUUGUCGUCCAGAGGGCGUUGCAAGGCACGGCUCGGAGCGUUGGCCGGAGCUCCGACAGUUCCAGCGCAUUAGGGAGAUCGGCCAGUGCCAUAGGGAGGCCAGAGACGCCGAAGCCAAAUCCGAAGCCUGCCUUGAGGAGGAGUUGGAGCUCGGAGUCUGUGUCCAGCGUUGCAACUCAACCGACUCCGAAGCCCCAGCCUAAGCCGACUCGUGAUUCACGCUUGUUUUGCGUCUACGCUCGCGACCUCCAGAGUUCCCACUCCUUGCCGCUCGCGGACAAUUUCAAGCCAGGCGGCGAUAAUCGGUGUCCAUUCUGCCACGCUGACGUGCCUGUCCGGCCCAACAAGGCUUGGGAGAUUGUGAAAGAGGACGACAAGAAGAAGGGAGUGGAUAGGACGUUUCUGGUCGGAACCAGAUUCUUAGUUAAGUGUCACAGGGAAGGAGGCGGCUAUGCCUGCGCGCUAUGUGCUGAGUACAGGGAAGCGGAUACGGUGUGUACCGAAGUACGCGCAUUGGUGGAGCACCUCUGGAAAGAGCAUACCUGCGCAGAGUUAGAGUGGGAUGGGAAUAUCGGGGAGGAGAAGUAAUAGAAGACGAACUCUAGGGUGAGAGUCUAGAAAGGGUCUGAGGGUUGUGGAUAUGGGAGGCGAAAAGUGACGUUCAUUUGGUCAGCGCCAACGUAGAUACCC